AAAUUAAUAAAAUGAAUACAAUAAGUAUUAUAAUUAGUUGCAUUCUUUCGUUAAUUAUGGCAAGAAUUAUUGACUUAAAAGGAAGUUAUAUCAAGCUAUUCCUUAUCGUAUUAUGGGUUAUUGGGUGCAUUAACUUGAUAAUUUACUCUCUUAUUUUCACAGGAAUCAUUUUAUCAUCUCAAGAAAUUUUGUACACUGUUGUCAUUAUUAACGGAGUAUUAACAUGUAUACCCACUCCACUGUAUAUGGAAUUAGUAUCAGAAACGUUUUAUCCAAUUUCUGAAGGAACUUUGGGACUAAUACUUCAAACUCUAUCUAACCUAUUCGGAGUUGUAUUUGUAGCACUGAUUGCAUUACAAAAUGCAGAUACUAGUUGGAUGAAUUGGUGCUUGAUCGGUUCUGCGAUAAUUGGAUUAAUACUAGCCAUUUUCCUGAAAGAAUCGUAUCUAAGAUCAAACUUGGACAAAAGUAUUUAGCGUAAACUUUUAAUUUUAAUGCUUCG